AUGGCAUUAAAAUAUAAUGAUAUUGAAGAAAGGGAAGAAAUCAAGGAUGAUUUAGAUAGAUAUGUUGAUGGUGCAUCUAGUGAAAAUAAUAAUAAUAAUAAUGUAAUAAUAACAUCUUCAGUAGAAUAUAAAGAUAUAAAUGAUAAUUAUCAAGAUGUUAAAUUAAAUGAUAUAAAUAAUAAUAGUAAUAAUAAUAAAAGUAAUAAUAAUAAUUAUAAUAAUAAUAGUGAUGAUUAUUAUAUAAAUAAAAGUAUAAUAUCAAGAUUAUAUUAUUUUUUUAAAGAUCAACCAUCAUCAUUGUAUAAUACAAUUCAUUGUGCAAUUGGUUUUCUUUUUAUAUUUUUAGGUUAUUCCCCAACUCAAAGUUUAAUAACAAAUUUACACGAAAAUAAUGGUUCUAUUGGGUUAGGAUUACUAUAUUUUUCAUUUGCAAUUGGUUGUUUUAUAGCACCAGUAGUUUUAAAGAAAAUUGGGUUAAUUAAAUCUUUAACAAUAGCAGGAAUAACAUAUGCAAUUUUUAUAUUUUGUUCAAUUACAGGUGUGAGUGUAUUGGAAGGAUUGUUUUUACCAGCAUCAAUAUUGAUUGGAUUCGGUGCUGGUUUAUUAUGGACAAGUCAACCAGUUUAUGUUUCAAGAAAUGCACCAACUGAAAAAGAGUUGGGACUUUAUUCAGGUAUGUUUCAAACGGUUUAUUCAAUGGGUUCAAUCGUAGGAAAUGCUAUUAGUGGUACCUUACAAAAUCAAGAUGUAGAUCCAACAAUCAUUUUAUUGAUUUUAGGUUCUUCCACACUUUGUGGUUGUAUUUUAUUAGCAUUCUUAAGAAGAGUUGACCCAAUUGUACCAACACCAAGAAAAUCUUUCUCAAAAACAUUUACUGGUGCAUUUAUGGUAUUUAAAGAUAGAAAAUUUCUAUUUUUAAUUCCAUUAUUAAUUGUACAAGGUCAAUCUCAAAGUUAUUUUUAUGAAACAUUUAAUGGUAUAAUAGGAUUAGGUAGAAUUGGUUAUAUUAGUGUUACAAUGGGUAUUGUUUCAGUUAUUGGUUCAAGCGUUUGGGGUAGAGUUCAUGAUAAAUUGAAAAAUGGUAAAAGAAUAUUAGCAUUGAUAAUGGGUGUUUUAUAUUUAUUAUCAUUGACAUUAUUAUCAGUGGCAUACUACUUUGAUGAAAUUCCAAUGUUUUAUGUAAUAGCUGCAUUGAAUGGUUUAUUUGACUCUUUGCAAACAAUUUUAAUUUUUGUUACAAUUGCUUCUCUUUAUCCAAAUGAUAAUGUUUCUGCAUUUUCUGCAUCAAGAUUUUUAAUGUCAAUUUCAACGGGUAUUGCUUUCUUUGUUUUCCAUUAUCUCAAUUUCUUUGUAGUAAUAUUUUGGAUUUUAGCUUUAUUAAUUGUUGCUGAAAUUUGUUUCCAUAAUUUACUUCAAGAUAUAAAAUCAAUAGUUAAAUUACCAAAUGAUGAUGAUUAUGAUACUCAUACUGAUAUAAAUAAAUUUAAUCUUCCAAAUCAAAAUUACAAAAACAAUAAUAACAAUAAUAAUAACAAUAAUGAAGAUGGUUAUGAAUUAGAAUAUGAUGAUACUGAAAGUAAUUUAUCAUAUGAUGAUAAUAAAAUUUAA